AGUCAAUUUCCUCAUUCACAACAAAGAAGUGUGAAAUUUCUCUUCCCUAUGGUUUGUGUUACAGCUCAAUGAACGUGCGAGAGUUGCGUUUUUGCUCUACAGUUUUGUCGAGGUCAGCAUAUUUCCCUUUACAGUCCUUUACUGAAGUCGCGAUUAUUUCCUGUUAUAGCUGUUAUAUCAAGCAGCACACUGAAGUGGGUUUAGUUUGGCUGAUGUAGCCACGAUGACAACUCUGAUUAUAAUUUUGUGCUUUACUUCUGUUCUGGCUGUCUACAGCGUUCUAGGAGCAGCCUCUGAGAGGGAAAAUGGUUUUGUAAUGAUGAAAAAGGGGGAGAAUUUUACCAUGGAAUGCAGCACAAAGGAUGAUAAAAAAGAUCAUUUCAUGCUAUAUGCAAGACUCCCGAGCAAGCACAUAGUGGUGGUCUUUGACAAGAAUACUGGCAAGGCUACUCUCAGUAAUGGAUACAGUGAAAGAGUGAAAAUCGGUAAAAACAUGCACAAACUAACUGUGAGGAUUAGUGACCUACAGCUGGAUGACUCUGGAUUGUACAUAGGCGAAUAUAGCAAAUAUGAUGUGGACAAAAAUGUAGAAGACAAAAAAGAAGGCUGUAGCAUUCUCCUGUUUGUGAAAGAUGUGGAUGAGACCUCACUCAAAACCAUAAAACCAGCUGAUAAUGGGUCUGCAAUGUCUGAGCCACUGGUGCUGGUCUUUGCCCUGACUGCAUGCACUAUGCUUGUAGUGUUUCUCCUGGUGAUAUGGGUGUUAACACCCAAGGUGAAGGCCCAGUGUUUGAAUCAGGCAUAUGAUGCAUCAAGGGAAUAUAACCCAGUCUAUGAGGAUAUGCACCGUGUGCAAAAUAAAUAAGAUGACAUUUUUCCCCUUUUUGUUUAAAAAUUUCAGGAUUGUUGUCAUUACUAAAAUGCUCAAAAAUGGUUUUCAGCUUGCUUGAUAUUCUUGUACUCAAAAUGUCAUUGUGUUAUGUAUUCAAUUAUUGUGGCAUUUAUGUUUUUACUGGCAUAUCUGUAAUAUUUUAACAGAAAUAAAAAA